AUGGCGAAGCCGCUCCACUUCGUACUGGUUCCCCUCCUCGCGCAGGGCCACAUGAUCCCCACGAUGGACCUCGCCCGCCUCAUCGCUGGCCGCGAUGGCGCGUGCGUCACCGUCGUCCUCACGCCCGUGACCGCAGCGCGCAACAGGGCCGUCCUGGAGCAUGCGCGCCGCGCUGGCCUAGCCGUCGACGUCGCCGAACUCGAGUUCCCGGGGCCGGCGCUGGGACUGCCCGAGGGCUGCGAGAGCCACGACACGGUCAGGGGCGGCGACUUCACGCUUUUCAACGAGGCCGUGCGGCUGCUCGCCGGGCCGUUCGAGGCGUACCUCCGGACGUUGCCGCGGCGGCCGGACUGCAUCGUCGCCGACACGUGCAACCCGUGGACGGCCGACGUCGCGCACCGGCUUGGCAUCCCGCGGUUCGUGUUCCACUGCCCCUCGGCGUUCUUCCUCCUGGCGGUGCGUAACGUGGAGAAGCACGGCGUGCACGACCGCGUCGCCGGCGAUUUCGAGCCGUUCGAGAUACCAGACUUCCCGGUGCGCGCCGUGGCGAACAGGGCGACGUCGCUCGGGUUCUUCCAGUGGCCGGGGCUGGAGAAGGACAGGCGCGACACGCUCGACGCCGAGGCCACCGCCGACGGCUUCGUCGUCAACACGUGCGCGGCCUUCGAGAGCGCGUUCGUCCGGGGCUACGCGGAGGCGCUCGGCCGCAAGGUGUGGGCGGUUGGGCCGCUCUGCCUCCUGGACUCUGACGCCGAGACGACGGCCGGGCGAGGCAGCCGCUCGGCCGUCGACGCCGGCCGCCUCGUCUCCUGGCUCGACGACAAGCCGCUCCAGUCCGUGCUCUACGUCAGCUUCGGCAGCAUGGCCCGCCUCUUCCCGCCGCAGGUCGCCGAGCUCGCCGCCGGCCUGGAGUCGUCAAACCGGCCGUUCAUCUGGGUGGCGAAGGAGGCCGACGACCUCGACGACGGGUUCGACGAGCGCGUGGCGGGCCGCGGGCUGGUCAUCCGUGGGUGGGCGCCGCAGAUGACCAUCGUGUCGCACCCUUCCGUCGGCGGCUUCCUGAGCCACUGCGGCUGGAACUCCUUAUAUGAAUUUGGAUCACAAAAUAACAACUCCACGCUCGAGUCCCUCUCCCACGGCGUGCCGCUCCUGACAUGGCCAGACUUCGCGGACCAGUUUCUGAACGAAACGCUGGUCGUUGACGUCCUCGGCGCCGGGGUCCGCGUCGGCGUUACGGUGCCGGUCACGCACAAGCUCCUCAAUCCUGACGCGCCGGCGACACUGGUCGGGAGGGACGAAAUUAAGAGGGCACUGACGGAGCUGAUGGAUGAGGGGGCGCUAAUGCGGGCAAGGGCAAAGGAGCUCGCGACGAUGGCGAAAAAGGCAAUGGCGGAGGGCGGGUCGUCGGACCGCGAUCUGGGGGAGAUGCUUCGCCAUGUCGGAGAACUCGCGCAGGGGACGGAGAAGGGCGUGCCGGCCAGUUCUUGGCGUGCGUGAGCUCGGUAACAAGAUA